GGUUAAUGGCUCUUGAUGAUGUUGGCGAAGCCCAGUUUGCUAGACUUACAACUUCGGCAGGAAUGAGUUCAGGAAAGGGAGGUUUGGUAGCAAGUGGAGGGCUUGACAACACUGCAUUCAGGGUUAAACCUGAUGAAAAAAGUGAGGUUAGACUUAUAAGUGGCUCGCUCGGAGGUGAAGCAGGAAUAGGUGCAGGGGGUGCUACUCUUGGAUAUUCAGCAAAUUUAGAUAUAAUGAGUGUUAAAAAAGAAGGUUUUCAAGUGCGGGCUGGGUUUGAUGCUGGAAGUAGUGCAACAGUUGGUUUUGGUGGUGUAGAAGUUAAAGCAGCCGGUUUUGGUCUUAGCGUUGGUAAAAAAACGGGAAUAAGUUUGCCUUUUGGAGAAGUAUCAGUAGAUUUGGAGGAAACUUGUGUUGUGCA